AUGUGGAGCACACUCAUCAACUGGGCCCAGCGUCAAAUAUGGCAGGAGAGCCAUGACACCAUCGAGAUACCUCCCUUGCCAUUUCUGCCGCCACCACCUCCACGCGGCGAGAACACCGCCGCACAAGACGUGACCACGACAGUCCCAGCUCCGCACAAUGGCAUCUUCUUUGAGCGGCUGUCUCCAGACCUGCGCCGGAUGAUCCUCGUCGAGGCCUUCGGCGACCGCGUCGUCCACAUGGACCUGCGGUACGACCGGCCGCUGCGGGCCAGGCCUCCCAGGAAGAUCAUGCACGCGGGCGGUGUCGACGUCCUCGACCAGGGGCAUUCGGCCUCUCGCCAGAUCCGGUCUGGUUCGUGGAGCGUUGGCACAUGCAAGGCGCCAAGCUAG